ACUAAAGACGUGAAAGCGUCAUAUAUUUUGAUAGCUGCAAAGCAGAGAGAUUUUCAGUAUACAGUGAGCUACAGUACAGCACCAUCAUGAUCUCAGAGUGGGUCUCAUAUAUGAUAUUUUACCUGCUAAUCACUGUUUUCUGUGCAUUUCUUGCAUAUUGUCUGUAUGUUCAUCAUGUUCAUCAGAAAUAUGACCAUAUACCUGGACCUCCAAGAGACAGUUUUCUGCUGGGACAUUCAGCAACUUUUGCCAGAGGGACGAAAUCGGAUAACUAUAUACAGGACUUAUUUCUUAAGUGGGCAGAAAAAUAUGGCCCUGUCUACAGGCUGAACAGUUUUCAUUAUGUUGUGUUAAUUGUCUAUUGCCCUGAGGCUACAAAGACACUCCUGAUGUCACCUAAGUAUCUCAAAGAUCACUUUGUCUACAAACGCCUCUUUAACUUGUUUGGAAAAAGGUUCCUUGGAAAUGGGUUAGUGACGGCUGUAGACCAUAACAUCUGGUACAGGCAACGUCGCAUCAUGGAUCCUGCAUUUAGCAGCACAUACUUACGAAGCUUGAUGGGCACUUUCAACGAGAUGUCUGAGCGCCUCAUGGACAAGCUGGCGGAAAUGGCCGACACGAAAGCACCUGCCGUCAUGCAUGAACUGGUCAACUGUGUCACACUUGAUGUCAUUUGCAAGACAGCCUUUGGUGUUGAUUUAAAUUUGUUAAAGCAAACUGACAGCCCCUUCCAGAAGGCAGUAGAACAGUGUUUAAAAGGCAUGGUGUUCUAUCUCAGAGACCCAUUCUUUACACUUUUACCAAAGAAUUGGAAGACUGUACAAGAAACUAAAGAUGCAGCUGAACUCCUGCGUAAAACGGGAGAGAAAUGGAUACAAAACAGAAAGACAGCAAUAGAAAGUGGAGAAGACGUUCCCAAAGACAUUCUCACACAAAUCCUCAAAACGGCAGAGGAGGAAAACGUUACUAACAAAGAAGAUCAUGAGCUGAUGUUGGACAAUUUUGUGACUUUCUUCAUUGCUGGGCAAGAGACAACAGCCAAUCAGCUUUCAUUUGCAAUUAUGGAAUUAGGGAGAAAUCCUGAGAUAUAUAAACGGGCUAAAGCAGAGGUAGAUGAAAUACUUGGGACAAAAAGAGAAAUUUCAUAUGAUGACCUUGGAAAAUUCACUUAUUUGUCUCAGGUUUUGAAAGAAACCCUGCGUCUGUACCCAACUGCUCCAGGUACCAGUCGUUGGAUACAUGAGGACAUGGUUAUAAAUGGACUGAAAAUCCCAGGGGGCUGUGCAGUUAUUUUGAGUUCGUUUGUUUCCCAAAGACUGGAAAAGUUUUUUAAAGAUCCGUUGAAGUUUGAUCCAGAGAGAUUUGAUGUGAAUGCUGCAAAGCCGUAUUACACCUACUACCCAUUUGCACUUGGUCCGCGAAUCUGUCUGGGGCAGGUCUUCUCACAGAUGGAGGCAAAAGUUGUGCUUGCCAAACUGCUUCAGAGAUAUGAGUUCAGUCUGGUUCCUGGACAGUCUUUCGACAUUAAAGACACAGGAACUCUGCGGCCCAAGAGUGGAGUGAUCUGCCACAUUAAACACUGUUCAUAGGAUGUGUUUAAGGCCCUUGUUUUGUAGCAACUCUAUUCUAAUCAGCUUUUUUUUGCUUCCUCUCAUUUCCUCCUUAUACAUUUGCAAUGAUGAUACAUGGUUUCAGGGUUAACUGCAAAUUUUAUAGCUGAUCAAAGUCUAAAGAAGUCUAAACUUUUAUGCUAUGACUGCUAAUUACUACUUCUGUUUUUUAACCAUUUGCAAUCAGUUUUACUAACACUAAGUUUAAAAGUCUGACAUAGUGACAUUUAAGCUUUUUCGGUUAGGAGGAAGCUUGUAAGUUUGACUAUGUUUUUAUGAUUUCCACCUGUGUUUUUUGGUUGCAUUCUUCACAUCCUUAAAUCACCAACAGUCAUUUGCUCAUAUUCCAGUUGAUUUAAAUUGAUUUAAAAUGUUUGAAAACAGUUCCACACUGAGGUCAUCUGAGUUUAUGAAAUAAAGAAAAAUGUUUUCAUUUUUCA